CUUAAAGCCCGGACGAGACGCGGCUGGAGCCGAAGACGAGCAGAGACGGAGGGAACCGCUGGAAAAGGAAUGAAACGGUAGCUUUCACUUCAUGGAAAACCUGUGAACGUUUUGGGAGAAGCUCCACCGACAGCAGGCGCCCGUCUUGGCACCAGUGAUAGUUGUAAAUGAGCCGCGUCCCGCCGUUGCUCACCCACGUUGAACCCUUGCUCGUGCAGGUCCACCAUGAGCUGGGGCGCGCUCUACGCCCAGCUGGGCGGCGUCAACAAGCACUCCACCAGCCUGGGCAAGAUCUGGCUGUCCGUGCUCUUCAUCUUCCGCGUCACCAUCCUGGUGCUGGCGGCCGAGAGCGUGUGGGGCGACGAGCAGUCCGACUUCACCUGCAACACGCAGCAGCCGGGCUGCAAGAACGUGUGCUACGACCACUUCUUCCCCGUGUCGCACAUCCGCCUGUGGUGCCUGCAGCUGAUCUUCGUGUCCACGCCGGCGCUGCUGGUGGCCAUGCACGUGGCCUACAGGAAGCGCGGGGACAAGCGGAGCAUGCUGGCGUCCCGCGGCGCCGAGAGGACGCCCCCCGCGGAGCUGGAGACGCUGAAGAGGCGGCGCCUGCCCAUCGCCGGCCCGCUGUGGUGGACCUACACCUGCAGCCUGUUCUUCCGGCUGCUCUUCGAGGGCGGCUUCAUGUACGCGCUCUACUUCGUGUACGACGGCUUCCGGAUGCCGCGGCUGGUGAAGUGCGAGCAGUGGCCGUGUCCCAACAAGGUGGACUGCUUCAUCUCGCGGCCCACGGAGAAGACCGUGUUCACCAUCUUCAUGGUGGCGUCGUCGGCCGCCUGCAUGGUGCUCAACGUGGCCGAGCUGUGCUACCUCAUCGCCAAGGCCCUGACGCGGUGCCUGGCCCGGUCCGGCGACGGGCGGCGCCGCUACGGCCACGCGGACGGCGUGAUGGCGGACGACGCCCUGCUGCAGAACAAGAAGAACGAGAUGCUGCUGUCCUCCUCCACCGACUCGUCCAGCAACAAGACCAUGUGCUGAGGGGACGCGGUGCGUGGAGGUCGGAGCGCGUGCGUUUGGACCUCGGGUUCUGUUGGGACUCACCGGCCUCCAAACUCCAAGCGGAGGCUUGUCUUUUCAUACACAUCUGUCUGAUCUUAGGGCCGUGGAUGGAUGUGGGUGUUUCAGGACAGAUGUUUCAUUGGGUGAGAAGACUGAGGCAACGCUGACCUCUAAUGGCGGCACUGGAACCUCUGCUGAUGUGAAAGGAGCGAGUUAAUUAGUUUAUUGAAGCCGGAGGUGAGACGUCUUCACAGGAGGCGAUAUCUGAGUCAUCAUUAUUCACCUGCUAGAGAAAUAUGACAUCUGUUCUAGUCCGGAGAGAGAAUAUAAACCGUGCCAGUUGUAGAGAACAGCCCAUUCUUUUGUGUCGUAGUCGCUCCUCACCUCAUGGUGGGAAACGUGGCCGUUGCUGCUCAGCGGUUCCUCCUCGUGGACGCUCAGCCUGCGGCUGUUUGGACCGUGGGGGGCGGUGUGCACUGAUUAGCUGGCGGUGUCAGCUUUCAGCAUGCGCCUACGCUAAACCGCUCCAUCCAGGAAUAGCGGAGUCGGAUUAGUCGCCUCCAACACCGCAAUUGGUCGCGUUCGUUUACAAAUGUAUAAAAAGAAAACGUGAACGUGUCACAUGUUGAUGUUAUGCAACUGGCAAAGCUAAUAGCAUUAAGUGUAUCUUGCAUUGACCUUUGACCUCUUGAUUUCUGUUACAGCCAAAUGACCUUUUGAUGAUGUGUGAUGGGCUCAGAAGAAGCAGCCGAUCGAGUUCGUCCCAAAACAUUUUCUACAGCGUAGUUUAUACUUUACUUCUAACAAGGAAAUUACUAAUGCACAGACGGCUUCUAGGAAGAAAAUGAAGUAAUUCACUUAAACAAUGUUUUUAUUAUACUUGAACUUUUGAUUUUGUUUUCAUAAAUUAGUAAAAACCAAA